UGCCAAUGUAUAAUGGGAGCCGUAGUUAUCAAUAAAAAAAACACUUAAGAACGGAUAUGAUGUAAUUUUGUGAAUCAGACAUAUGCACCCAAAUUUGGGAACAGACGGUAAACACGGCGGCUGCACUAGCCCCUGUAUCCUGUCCGAUGAAAGUGGAUCCAGCAUCGUCUCAGGCUCUCUCAAUCCAACCCGUUCAGAGUCCCUGCCGUUAUCUGCGAAGGCGCGAACCGACUUCUCUGGUAAAGCGUUGUGAAAAUGGCGCCUGUACUCCAUUCUCCCUUUCCUUAUUUCACUUGGGCACCGGUCCAACGAACACCUCAUCUUCCUUUCGCUUGGCCUUCCCAAAAUACGAGCCCAUCGUCAUGGAAUGGAAGCAAGUCGUCGUUACUACGUCUUUCCCAAGCGACCCAAACAGCGGAAACUUCAAAAGAGGGGGCGGUAUCAUCGAAGGCGAGGGUGACGAUCAAAGAGUUGUGCAGUGGACGCGUCCCGCUUCACAUAUUGCAGAGAGCAGAAGAGAUUGGAUAUGUUAUUCCUACAGAUAUACAAGAGCAAGCUUUGCCAACACUUCUUUCUGGGCGUGAUUGCAUUCUUCAUGCUCAGACAGGUUCAGGAAAGACGUUGGCAUACUUAUUGGGAAUAUUUGCAACUAUAGAUUUACAUGGAUCAUCUGUCCAAGCACUUAUUGUGGUGCCAACGAGGGAACUUGGUAUUCAAGUUACUAAAGUUGCUCGGAUGUUAGCAGCAAAACCUCUGGGUUGUAGCUUGGAAGAGAAAAGUUGCACUGUUAUGGCUCUUCUGGAUGGGGGAACUCUCAGAAGGCAUCGAAGUUGGUUAAAGGCGGAGCCUCCUGAAAUAGUGGUUGCAACAAUUGGAAGCUUGUCUCAAAUGCUUGAGAAGAGAACAUUUAAGCUCGAAGCAUUGCAGAUUUUGGUUGUUGACGAGGUUGAUUUCAUGUUUAAUUCGUCAAAGCAAGUCUACUCUCUUCGAAAACUCUUGACAUCAUAUUCGACCAUUGACAACCGCCAGACCAUCUUCGCAAGUGCAUCUAUUCCUCAGCACAAUCACUUUCUAUCUGAAUGCAUUCAGCAAAAAUGGACCAAGCGUGAUGUGGUCCAUAUACAUGUUCAUCCUGUUGAGCCCAUGCCAUUUCGUCUUUGCCAUAGAUUUGUGUCUUGCAGAAAGGAUGCCAAGCUUGAUGUGUUGUUACGCUUAUUAAAGAUUGAUCAACCUACGUCUUGCAUCAUUUUUGUUGCUGAGCAGUCUGAGAAGUCAAAGAAAGCAGGAAAACCCCCUACUUCAACAAGCAUCAUUGAAUUUCUUAGAACUGCAUGCACUGAAGGAACAGAGAUUCAUGUUCUUGAUGAAGAGACAAAUUUUAAUGCACGGGCAGCUUCACUAUCUGAUGCAAGACAAGGUGGUUGCUUGCUGGUUGCAACAGAUAUAGCAAGCAGAGGUGUUGAUCUGCCAGAAACUACCCACAUUUACAAUUUUGAUCUGCCUAGAACAGCAAUUGAUUACCUUCACAGGGCUGGAAGAACUGGCCGAAGACCGUUCUCUGACGAGAAAAGCAUUGUCACCACGCUUACAGUACCAGAGGAGCGUUUUGUAUUGCAGAGAUAUGAAAAUGAGUUGAUGUUUAAAUGUGAAGAGAUAACUUUUGACUAAAAGGUUGAAUUACUGAUCGUUCUGCCACAGUGCUGCGUCUGCAGAAGAUGGCCCAGCCGGGCCAGCCCAUUACUGGUGAUGGUAGCAAGAAGAUUCCCUACUUUCACAGGGUCUGCUUUCCUAGCCUCCUGAACCGACAUUAGUAUGUCCAGGCCCAGCGGACUUCCGCACCGAACUCCCACAUUUUACAGGGAACGCUUGUAAGUUUCACCUUGGGUGUAGAGUGUGGGUGUACAUGCCAACUGAGAAAUGAACCAAGCUUCUCGAUCUUAACAAGGGAAUGUUAGUGUCUUUGAUAAAAGAGAAACUGACGUUGCAUCUCUGCUUUUGAAGGUCUGGUAGGCAAACCAAUGAGACCCUGUAGAGUCUUCCCAUUGCCGACUUUGGCUUCUACCCACGCUGACGAGAAUGUUAAUCAAACCUGGACGUGACCUUGCCAUCUUCUGUUACAUUGAAAGCAUGCGAUUGUAAAUAUUCUAGUGGUUGUUACUCCACUAAA